AUGCGUCUCAUCAAGGCCAUCGCCUCCGCGGCGUUGGCGGGCCUCGUUGCGGCCGAUGCCGUCAACGAUUUGGAGAAUAAAGGUCGGCCAGCUCUCGAAGCCGCGAUGGAGAAGUCCACGACGUGUAGCAAGGACAAGCUGAAGGUUCGAAGAGAAUGGGGCGACAUUUCCAAAGAAGAACGCAAGGCUUACAUCGACGGCGUUCUCUGCCUUCUGGACACCCCCUCGAAGCUCGAUCCCGAGCUCUUCCCAGGUGCCAAGAACCGCUACGAUGACUUUGUCGUAGUACACAUGAACCAAACCCUAUCCAUCCACGGAACAGGUAACUUCCUCGUGUGGCACCGCUACUACGUCUGGGCGUGGGAGAACGUCAUGAGGACCGAAUGUGGCUACAACGGAACGCAGCCAUACUGGGACUACGGUCGUUGGGCCGAGGAUCCUCUUGCCUCCCCAAUUUUCGAUGGCAGCGACACCUCGCUCGGCGGAAACGGUGUCCCCGUGGCUAGGAAGCGAAACACUCGCCUCGACAGACAUAAACGUCAGAUGGAAAUGCCGGGAAUGCCCGGAACACCCGGCGGUGGUGCUGGAGGCGGUGGUGGUUUCGGUGGCGGCGGCGGCUUCGGUGGAGGUGGUGGCUUUGGAGGAGGUGGUGGUUUUGGCUUUGGUGGUGGUGGUAACGGUGGUGGUUGCAUCGACUCUGGUCCUUUCAAGGAUAUGGUCGUUACCCUCGGUCCUAUGUCUCCCGUCGUCCAGCCGGCUCCCGCACGCAACCCUCAGGCCAACGGCUACGGAAGCAACCCCCGCUGCCUUCGUCGCGACAUCACCAACACCCUGGCCAUGAACUUCGGCAAGACCGAAGAUAUCGUCAAGAGCAUCACCAACUACAAUACUAUCCUAGCUUUCCAGAACUUCAUGCAGGGUGGCUCCGGCGUUCACGGUGUCGGCCACUUCACCGUGGCUGGUGAUCCGGGUGGUGAUUUCUACAUCUCGCCCAACGAGCCGUCGUUCUGGCUCCACCACGCAAUGAUCGAUCGUAUCUGGACGAUCUGGCAAUCCCAAGAUUACGAGGCUAGGAGGAUGGCUAUGGAGGGUGGUACGAGCAUGAUGGGCGGCGGUAGGGCGCAGACCCUUGACGACCCCGUUGACUUGGGCGUCGUCGCGGAUGUCGUCUACCCGAUCAGGGAUCUCCUUAGCUCUGUUGAUGGUCCUGGUCCUUUCUGCUACGUAUACGAGUAA